AUGAAGGCGCCACCUAAGGAUAUAAUUCCGGAAAGUGAAGGUAUGUUUGGUUUUCUCCUUUUUUUUUUCCCCCCUUCUCAAAUUGAGUUUCUCGUACUAACGCAAUUUUUUUUUUAUUCCAGAGGACCGAUAUAGACAGAAAUGCAAAGAGUUGAAAAAACGAGUGUUGGAAGUUGAAGAGAGUAAUGAAAUAGCCACCAUUGCCCUCAGCAGAACGCAGGCUUCAAUACGUCGAUUGAGACUUGAAUAUGCAAUUCUACUCGAAAGAUUAGAGGAUAGAGCACGCAAUAUCCCCGAUGGUAUAACCAAUUUUGAAGAAAUGGCCGGCCCACCAACACCAAACAUCUUGGAUGACACCUUGGUGAAAAAUGCCAAGAAUGGAAGUUCAUCAGGUAAAAAGUCCACGAGGAAACUCAUAAUCAAACCACCAAGUGGUGGACCGAACGGUGUGGGUAGCAGCGGCGCCGGCGGUCACGGCGCUGGUGGUGAUGGCCACCACCAUCAUCAUCAUCAUUCAACUGGUAAAGUUGCAAAGACGAGAGAUCCAGAUUUGCCCAAGCGACCAACUAAUGCGUAUUUGAUAUUUUGUGACCAUGAAAAGGAACGAUUGAAGCAAGAAGAUGCCGAAGGUUCGAGAGAUUUAAACAAGACCAUGACUGAUGCUUGGAAAAAUCUAAGUGAAGAAGAUAGAAAACCUUAUUAUAAACUGUACGAGGAUGACCGAGUUCGGUAUCAAAAAGAAAUGGUUGAGUAUAACCGGAAAAAGAAUAAAGAGACUCGAGUGAAGCUUGAACGCGAGCAGGAACAAGAACAAGAUCAGGAGCAGGAACAAGAUCAGGAGCAGGAGCAAGAACAAGAACAGGAACAUGAUCAGGAGCAGGACCACGAGCAAGAACAAGAGCAGGACCACGAGCAAGAACAAGAGCAGGACCACGAGCAAGAAGAGGAUCACGAGCAAGAACAUGAACAGGACCACGAGCAUGUGGAUGUGGUGGAUGAGGAUGACGAAGAUGACGAUGAGUCGGAACUGCCUGCCAAGCGACAAAAACUCAACAACUCAACCUUCGAUGCCGAUGCUGAUGCCGAUGCAAUGCAAGAGGAUGAUGCAUCAGCGCAGACUAAAGUUGAGGAUACCAUCGAUGAGCAAGCUGAAUAG